UCUACUGGAUGGCCGAUGCGUCCUCCUCCUCCUCCAGAAACCAUCGAAAGCCAGCCAUCCACGCGCCUCGCAGUCGCACGGCAUGCUGCCUCACGCCGAGGUGCCGGCCAGGGCCGCGGCCGCGGGCAUCAAGCUGUUCGGCAAGGUCAUCACCACGCAGCAGCAGUCGCAGGCGCCGCACCACGCGGGAGCCGGCGCCGGCGCCGCUGCCGGGAGCGCGCCGCCGAGGCUGCUGCAGCAGGCGGCGUCGGGGCGCGGGGGCGCCGACCUGCUGGAGGAGGCCGCGCGGGCGCGCGCCGCGGCGGCCGAGGCGCGGCUGCCGUGCGCGCGGUGCCGGAGCCGGGACACCAAGUUCUGCUACUUCAACAACUACAACGUCAACCAGCCGCGCCACUUCUGCCGGGCCUGCCACCGCUACUGGACGGCCGGCGGCGCCAUCCGCAACGUGCCAGUCGGCUCCGGCCGCCGCAAGAACCGCCCGGUGCUGCCGCCGCCGCCCCCGGCGCCGCACGCCGGCGACGCCACCGCAACCGCCACUAGCGCCGACCACGUCUCGGAAUCCGUGUCUCCCCCGGUGUUCACGACCGCCUCUGGCGGCCUCGCCGUCCCCUACCGCGGCUCGCCCUUCCACCUCGCGCCGUCGCCGGCAUGCACCGCCGCCGGCCUCCCGGAGACGGCGGGGCAGUACUGGUGGCUCGUGGCGGGUGGCGCGGCUCGUGCGGUUGCGCCGGACCGCGCGUUCUGAUCCGAGAAAAACGGCGCGUCCUUUUUUUGGCGAUGGCUCGCUCUUUUCACGGAUGGGAUGGAACGAGCCUGGGCGCCGGUUGCGCGGUGAAUAGGGUAGGGUUUGACCCGGUGAGGACGCUCGCCGAGUGCUGGAGGCAGGAGGCUUUUUAGGUGUAACCGCGUGGUCUUUGCACAGGAGUCGAGGUGUCUGUUCUGAUUCGUUUCUUUUGACUUUGCAUCGAACUUUUGGUGAAA